GAGAGUGGUAAUCGGCUGUCAGCUUCGGACAACAGUUCCAUCUCCACAAAUUGGCAGGCCAUGCAUGAACAGGCAGAGAGCAGAACCUCACAAGGCCGGAGAUGUGAUUGGUAAUUUACGUACCAUGAAGUUCGGACUUGAUGUCAUUAGGAUCAUGAUGCUUGUAGGCCCGGAGCUGGAUGAACAUGUCUGUCAGCACGGUUCGUAACAAUGAGGAGGAGGAGGCGGAGGAGGAGAAGAAGAAGGCAGAAGAGUAGGAAGACGAGGUGUGGGACAGCGAGAAAGUGGAAUAGGAGGAGGACAUUGACGGGUAGGAGGGCAAGGAGGAGAAAGAGCUUGAAGAAAGAAUCAGAUAUAAAAGCUCUCCCUUCCUCCUUCUGUCGUCCACCCAGAUCAUCACCAACACAACCAUCACAUCUUCUCUUACCUGCAAAACAACAUCACAACAAACCAACCCAAACCCCUUACCAACCACCGCCAUCAAAAUGCAGUUCUCCACCGUCCUUCUUUCGGCCAUUGCCUUCUUUGCCGGCGCUGAGGCCUGCAAGUGCCUUGCGUUCGGCGGCGGCGUCGACUCGAAUGCCUCCCACCAAUGCUGUGACCAACAGCACGGCAGCUGGCGCAACGGCAACGACUGCGCCGCCAGCUCCAUCUCCGAGCACUUGUCCAACUUCCGUACCUGCUGCAAGAGCAGAGGCUCUCAAACCUCGGACUGCGACUACCCCCACAAGCGCGCGGUUGCUGCCGACACCGAUGUUGUCGUCGAAGACGGCAUCAAGAUUGCCACGGUCGAUGGCGUUGCUCUCACCAUUGUCGAGAGGGCUAAGAUCCCUAUCCCCACCCACUUCUAA